AUGAACCAGCAGAUUGCAUGUUCCCUUUUUUUGACUUUACUGGUGGUUGGGAAUGGCCAGUAUCCACCGGAGAAUCCAGACAAUAUCCUACCCUACUCACCGCCAGGACACAUGCCCCCGAUGCCCCCACUAGACCCUCCAGGAUAUGAUCCACAACUCAUCUACGAAACUACUCCCACCUCUGGUCUUCGCGCCCCACCUAUGCCUAUCUGGACCAAAGAGGCACAGGAGGAAUCUUCAGGACAGUCUCUGUCCGCUGAUGAAACGUCAGAACAGCAAGAUGAUCACGUGGAGGUCGGAUCUGGUGAUGGAAGUGGAGUUGAGGGAUCAGCCGAAGAAGAAUUCGGAUUCCACUCUGGGUUCCAAUCUUUACCAGAGUCAGCAUCUGAAAAUGGAAGCGGAAGUGGGUGGGAUUUAGAAUACUUAGCUGGUUUUGAGCUGCCAGAAUACGAAGGCGGACAAGAUGACUUCCCGGAUAUAAUGCAAUCAAUGGACGAAGAGGCAGAGAAAACUGGAAUUGACUGCCCAUCGGAUAUCGUCUUCAUUAUUGAUGCUACAUCAUCCGUCAAAGGAGUUUUCGAUGAGCAAAUCAAGUUCAUCGAGAAAGUUAUCGAAGGAUUGGAUAUCCGUCCUAGAGUCGAUCACGUUGGAGCAAUUGUCUAUAGCAGUGAACGGAAACAAAGACAGAAAAUCAAGCUCGGCGAGCACAAAGAUAUGGCUUCCCUUAUGAAAGCUGUAGACAAUUUGCCCUUCUUCUCCGGGAUCACCGCUACAGGAGAGGCACUGAAGUUUGCCGCUACCCAUACUGAAGGCCGUCGUGACAAUCUGACUCUUAACUAUGUGGUUCUCACCGACGGAUACAGUUACGAUAUUAUUGAAAGCGGAGCACGUCUCCUUCGAGAAGUGCCAAAUUCCGUGGUCUAUGCCGUGACGAUUGGUGAAAUAUACUUGAGAAAAGAACUUGAGCUAAUCACCGGAAACAAAUCCAAUGUUAUGAUUGGAUCAAUGUCCUAUGGAACUGUGGUCAAGCGAAUCAAGAACUGUGAAGCUAGAGCCAGAGCCCAGCAGCUACGUGACGAAAAUCCCGUCGAAUUGGUACAUCCUGGAGAGUUUUUAUCGGAUGCUUUCUCCCAUAGACAAUCAGUUCAAACAAACGAGAAUAUUAAAAAAGAUGAACCAGCCAAGGACUCUGUAACGGAACCAACUGACAAACUACCAGUCAAUGACUGCCAAUACGAUGUUGGAAUCAUUUUCGAUUCAUCAGGAUCGUUGGAGAAGAACUUCCAGACACAGCUACAAAUAGCCAAUAAACUAUUUCAGGUCGCAAUCGUUCAAUUCGCUGGCAAGUCCAAAACUCGAGUACUUGCGGAUUUCGUUCAGAAUAAGACAAAGGAUCAAUUGGAGAAGAUUAUCGAGAAGUCUCCAUUCUAUUCAGGAACAACUUUCACCAAUCAGGCUCUGAAAAGAAUGGCGUUGCUAUUUGAAGCCUCAAAGAGAGACAACUGCAAAAUGAAAUUACUCGUCUUCACUGACGGCUACAGUGCAGAAGAUACCGCUGAAGGAAUCGAAGCACUGAAGAGACAAGGAAUCACAGUGUACACAGUUGGAAUCAGCACUGAUAAGAAUGCGGGGUUGAAUGUGUCCGAGCUGAAAGGAAUGGCCACGUCACCAUCGCACUAUUUUGAUUCCUCAGAUUUCGAUAAUCUUCUGAAACACUUCCCAUCCACUGAAUAUUGCUGA